CAAUGAUGUGUAUAUACACGUCAUUGGUUUCCACACAGAAAAUAAUAGAGGAAGAACCAAAAUGGCGACCUCCUUACUUCGGCUUGGACGACUGGGGUCUCUCAAGGCGCUCCAGCGAGAGAGCUGGGGCCUUUUGAGGAGCCCCUCUGUGGCUGCAUUCUGCACCAAGGCGGAGGAGCCAAAGAAAGCUGUUAAAAAGGCGAAGGCUGCAACCCUAGAGGCCUCAGAAGAGAGGGCAGCACUACUAGCCUACAAGACCGCAGUUGCCUUCCCCAUUAAGCUUUCAACCUCAGGACUUUUACCAGCACAGGCUCUAGGUGAAAUCGAAACAGUGGCUAGCCCUGUCACUGCCGAAACAAUAGUAGUUGCAGCUGCCGCAGCUGCAGAACCAGCUCCCAUUUCCACAAGCCAUGCCGAAGCUAUGCCUGCUGAAAUUGCUGUGGCUGAAGAAAUAGCUAGUCCUGCUAUCAAUGUAGUUUCUCCAGUUGUAGAGGCGGCUGAGUCUGCUCCUACUUCUGAGAGUGUUGCAGAGACUGCAGCUCCUGUAGCAGAGGAGGCUGCAGCACCAGAAACACCAGUAGUAGAAGUCGCUGCACCAGUUGCAGAGGCUGCACCAGUCGCCAAUGCUGUUGCUAAUGAAGCCGCCCCAUUUGAAACAGUCGCGGCAGAGGCUCCUUCAGUUGCGGAGGCUGUCACCAAACCUGCCCCAGUCGCUGAAAUUGCUGCUCCCAUCGUCGAUUCUGCUCCACCUGUGAUUGAUGCCACCACCGAAAUCGUGGAUGCCGCUUCCCCAGUCGCUGAGCUUGUUGUUGCUUUAAGUUCUGUAGCAGCCUCUGCCGAACCACCCGGAGUGGCUACUGCGGCCUCCACUGAACCCAGAGCCCCAUCAGCUGAUUCGUCCUCCUCAUCCAGUGAUUCUGACUCAGACUCAGACUCUGACUCUGACUCUGAUGACGAGAAGUCUGAAGUGAAAUCAAAGGUAAAACCAGAAAUCCAAGUAGAAGAAGCUGCAGAAAAGGAAGCCGUGGCUGUGGCCAGCAAAGCUGAGAAGGCAGUGGUGGCAGCGCCCUCUGAAGCCAACCUUGUGGUCACUGCUGAAGCUGUGCAAGAAGCUACACCUGAAGUGACUCUGGAUGCCGUUCCUGAAGCUAAGGAAAAAGCACCAGAAGAUGUAGCCGAAGAGGUUCAAGUGGCCACUCCAGAGGUUGAAAGUGCUGAGCUGGUUGACCCCGCCCCAGUCCUGGAAGCAGCCCCAGCUGAAGCUGCCCCUGAGAUCGCUGCUGCCCCAGAGGUUGAAGUGACCACUCCAGAAGUCGCGGCUGCAGUAGAAGCCACUCCAGAAGUUGUUCCAGAAGCUGCACACGAGGCUCAAGUAGCAGCAGAAGAAGUAUCUGAAUCUGCUCCUGCAGAAGUUGUCACUGAAGCCUGUCCUGCUGCUGAAACUGCUCCUGUGGAAGCUGCGUCAGAAGUCCCCCUUGAAGCCGCAGCAGAAGCUGCACCAGCCGAGGCUGUUGCUGAAGCUGCCCCAGUUGAAGCCGGCACAGAGGAGCUGGUAAAUGCCGCCCCUGUUGUAGCUGAAGCUGCUACGGAGGAGCUGAUAGACACCGCCCUUGUAGUGACUGAAGCAGCAGGAGAGGAGCUGAUUGCAGAGGCCCCGGCUGAUGCAGUACCGAUUGAGGCUUCUGAGGAGGCGGCAGAGGCACCUCUAGCGCCAGCCCCCGAGCCUUUCGACAACAGUACUUACAAGAACCUCCAGCACCACAGCUACAACCAUUACACCUUCGCAGACCUGGACCUGGAGAUGGCCAAGUACCGUCUGCCCCAGCCCUCCUCCGGCAGACCCUCCCCCAGGCACUGAGAUGGCCCAGCCUGCCUGGACACCAGGCCACAUGACCCCAACCCCAUGUCCCCAGACCCCGCUGCCCAACACGGGUGUCUUUUUAGAAUAAUGAUUUCCCCCGCUACUUUACGAUCCCUAAGAGGUGCUUGUAAUUGUUAUAUGUAAUAUAUUAAACUACACAAAAGGGA